AUGCCCACUUCGCGCUCAUCUACCACGACGGUGUCAGCGCCAACCGCCUCCGCAAGUUCUUCGGAGCCACUUGACAGGAACGGAAAUAAACUACACAAGCGUUCACGCUCCGGUUGCUUUACCUGUCGCUUGCGAAGAAAGAAGUGCGACGAAGGUCAUCCUACUUGCAAAGCUUGCUCCAACCUCUCCCUAAAAUGCGAAUACAAGCGACCUAUGUGGUGGGCCAGCGCAGAGCUUCGACGACAGCAGAAAGAGCGCGUAAAGAAUAAUAUUAAGCAAACCAAGACUCUGGAGCGAAGAGGCUCUCAACACCACGAUCGCGCUAUAGGUUCUCUCUCUCCUUCUAUGAUUGGCGAAUACGACUUUAGUCGUCCAGGACCAUGCCUACCCGAAAACUUUGAUCCUUUCGCCCUCGGGACCCAGCCGCCUAUCCUUCCCCCGGGGUCCUACUUGCCACAAUAUGCCCCCUACGAGGUGGACGUUCGAACUGAGCGACAGACAUUUGUCAAUGAUGUACCGAUGAGACAUGACUCGUCUGUUUCGACAUUUAACGCCAUGGGGCCCCCGCAACUUCAUAGCACACUACCCAACUUCCAUGGAGAUGAAUGGCUUGAAGAAGAGUGCUUUAAUGAAGUUGAACCUCAUGAUACAUUCGAUUUUAGCACGGAGCCCGUGAUGCAGGCCCAGGCAGUGGUACCGCCACCGCCCUCAUCUUCCCUAAGCACUGCAAACAUCCCAGUUGAGGACCUUGAUAGGCCCCUCCUGGACCACUUUGUCAACCACGUCCUGCGCAUGAUUUUCCCUAUUCUCGAAGUCCACCAGAAAGGUCUUACUCGCGCAAAAGCUAUUGUUUCUGCACUUGAAAGCAACAAAGCCUACCUUCACACUUGUUUGAGCGUUUCUGGCAUCCAUUUAAAGAACAAUGUUGGAAUUGUAUCCGAUGAAAUCGACCAUGACAUUAUGCGACAUCGAUAUGAAGCUAUCUCAGCAUUGUGCAAGGCUCUCAACAGCGAUACAAACCAUGAGCAAAUUCUGGAUGCUACUUUGGCAAUGAUUUUCUUCCACUGUUCCGUUGGUGGACCCGAGGAUUGUCUACCUGACAUCCCCUGGAACGACCAUUUUCAAGCCGCGUCAAAUUUGGUGAACCGCCUUGAGCUCCCCACUAAGUUAUUACCACCGAGUCUGGAGUGUUCGUCGGGUACUCCGUUUAGCAUGUCCCUGACAGCAUGGAUUGAUAUCCUGGGAUCCACAAUGAUGGGAACUACGCCUCAAUUUGCCCAUAGCUACCGCACCAAACACCUUAAUGGAACUUCUUCUGGGCUUCGGGAGUUGAUGGGAUGUGAUGACAGAGUCAUGUAUCUCAUCGCUGAGACUGCUUGCCUCGAUUCGUUGAAGGCUGAAGGUAAAGUUGACGACAUUACUCUCUGUCAACAUGUUUCUGCUCUUGGUGCUCAACUGGAAUACACUGAGCCCGCCGAUCCAAGCCUGGAUCACCCGUACACAUCCGCUAGUACCAUUCGCGCAGACCAAUUGACAAAGAACAUGACCACUAUUUUUCGCCUUGCAGCUCGCAUCUAUCUAUGCAGCCUUGUUCCCGGCUUUGACCGAAGUCAAAGCAGCAUUGUUGCUCUUGUGUCCUCUAUCACCGCUGCUUUGCAGUACAUCCCGGCCGGCCCCUUUGGUUUUGAUCGCUCACUAGUUUGGCCCCUGCUGAUUGCAGGUGCUUCUGCAACUCCAAACAGUGACUUCCGUACUAUCCUUUGGGAGCGUGCAGCAGCCCUCGGCGGUGAUGUUGGGGACUUUGGCAGCUUUGGUCGCAUGUUCCGCAUCGUUCAAGAAGUCUGGAGACUCACGGAUGAACCCCCAAUGGCAUCGCUGAGCAACUCCGAAACCAAUGAGAAUCAGCCUAUCGCAACUCGAAGCUUUGCUCCGACAUCUCCCGAGGCUGCUGCAUUUGCAGGGCGAUCUAUUAAAAAGCAGCAAGUUCACUGGCGGGAUAUAAUGACUCGUAAUGGAUGGAAGCAUCUGCUGAUCUAA